UCAGGGUGAGUUUAGGUCAAUACACCCCCAGUGAAGACACUGGCUUGGAGUCUUUGGACCAUCCAAGCCCAAAGCCCACAACCCAUAAGUUAUCCCAGGGAAAGUUGGAAACCUAUCACCAAUAUCAUCAAUUGGUGGACUCGAAGGGAGGAGGAAGAUCAAGGAAAUAAAAUGGAAGGAACGGUAAUGGUGGUUGCUACGAUGGCUUGGAUCAUGUUGUCUUCUUGUAGUUGUAGUAAGCUUCACCCAAUAAUUUUGGUGCCCGGGAGUGGAGGAAACCAACUAGAAGCAAGGUUAACCGACGCUUACAAGCCCACGAGCUUGGUCUGCAACCGUUGGUUCCCGAUCGUUCCAAAAGAAGAAGGGGCCUGGUUUAGACUCUGGUUCGAUCCUUCCGUCCUCGUUGCUCCAUUCACCAAAUGCUUCGCUCAUCGUAUGACUCUCUAUUACGAUCUCCACAAGGAUGACUACUUUAAUUGUCCCGGUGUUGAAACCAGAGUCCCUGAUUUCGGCUCCACUCGUUCGCUGCUCUAUCUCGAUCCCAAACUCAAGCACAUCACAAACUACAUGGCAGACUUGGUGGACUCUCUAGAACAAGAAGGCUACAAGGAAGGUGAAACACUCUUUGGAGCACCAUACGACUUCAGAUACGGUCUAGCAGCGGCUGGUCACCCAUCUUCUGUAGGUUCCAAAUUCCUAGAAGACCUUAAGGGACUAAUAGAGAUGGCAAGCACAUCCAAUGGAGGAAGGCCAGUGAUAAUCCUUUCCCACAGCUUAGGUGGCCUCUUCGUCCUCCACUUUCUCAAUAGAAAUAACUUAUCUUGGCGUCACAAGUACAUUAAGCACUUCAUCUCCUUAUCAGCUCCUUGGGCUGGUACUGUCCAAGAGAUGCUUACCUUUGCUUCUGGUUACUCCUUAGGUGUCCCUUUGGUUGAUCCAUUGCUUGUAAGAGAAGAGCAAAGGAGUUCAGAAAGCAACCUGUGGCUAUUACCCUCUCCUAAACUAUUCCCUCCUAACAAACCUCUUGUAAUUACAGAAAACAGAAACUAUUCUGCCUAUGACAUUCCACAUUUUCUUGAGGACAUAGGGUUUCCCCAAGGUGUACAGCCUUAUAGAACAAGAAUUUUUCCAUUAAUAGGUAACUUUACUGCACCAGAGGUCCCUGUGACUUGCAUAUUUGGGAGUGAGGUCAAGACACCUGAGACUUUGUUCUAUGGGAGAGAUGGAGGGUUUGAUGAACAACCUGAGGUUCUGUAUGGAGAUGGAGAUGGGACUGUGAACUUGAUGAGCUUGUUAGCACUUGAAUCAGAGUGGGCUGGGAUGGCAUCCAAACAGCCUCUUAAGGUGAUAAGAAUUCCUCAGGUCUCUCAUACAUCUAUUCUAAAGGACAGUGUUUCUAUGGCGGAAAUAGUAAGAGAAAUUUCUAUGAUAAAUUCAGUCCAAGUUCUGAGAUCAGUUUCUUAGGAAAGUUAAAUAUAAAUUAGUGGUUUUCAUUCUUCAGUUGUUGUAUAAGCACAUGUGCAAUUACUAACAUUGGACAUUUUUUUUUUUUAUGAGAAUGAAAAGGUGCAUUAAAUAAAACCAGAAUAGAUAUC